AUGUCCGGAGCAUUUAUCUACGGAACACCAAAUUUCGUAGACUCGGAGCCGGAAUUCUCUGAACCCGAGGAGAUCGAGCACGAUCAAAUUAUUUUCACCAAGAAUCCGAAAAUUGAGAGAGACAGCCAGAUGACAGACAGCAACUCGAACUUUCAAGAAGAAGAGGACAUGGAAUUGAUUGAUUUAAAAGAGGAGACAGUCGAUCCAGAAGAAGCACCAGUCGUCAUAAAACAAGCAGAAGACGACAUGCUCAUACCUUGA